AUGAAGUUUUUCACCUCCUGGCUCAUGGCAAGCGCCAUUUCCACGGUUGCUGCGCGGCCGUGGCCGAGAGCUGUAAACACUACAAGCACUUACUUCUUUACAUUUGGCAAUUCAUACACGCAGACCGGUUUCAGCACCACUGGAGAACAGCCCUCUCCUUCGAAUCCCAUGGGAAACCCCGCCUUGGGAACUGGCACCACCACCGGGGGUGAGAACUGGGUUGGAUAUCUGACAACGGCGGAGAAUGCGUCCCUUGUCCUCUCCUAUAAUCUGGCAGUGGGCGGUGCGAGCAUUGAUAAUUCGCUUGUUCAAGGAUCCACAGACGUGGACCUUGCUUCCCAGGUCGAUAUCUUCGAUGAAACCUACAGCAACAAGCCGGCUUCUGCGCCUUGGUCGGCGGAGAAUUCCGUUUUCGGGUUCUGGAUUGGAAUCAAUGACAUCGGCAAUGCAUUCUAUAACACCGAUGCCGACACAUUCACACCGACGUUGAUCGCACGGCUUGCUUCUCUAGUGGAGCGAAUCUACAGUGCUGGAGGUCGCAAAUUCCUUUUCCUCAAUGUGCCUCCUACGAGCCGAAGCCCCAUGUUCAUUGAUCAGGGCGAGGCCACUGUUGAGCAGCAUGCGGCUUAUUUGGCCGUUUAUAAUAAGAAUCUUGAGUCAAUGGUGGAGGAGUUCAAAACCAACCAUACAGACGUUACUGUCGCAUUCUACGAUUCUUGGUCUUUCAUGACAAAGAUCCUUGAUAGCCCCACAGACUACGGUUUCCCGGAUGCUACUUGCAUCAAUGACGACGGUUCCUCCUGUAUCUGGUGGAAUGACUACCAUCCUUCUGCUAAAUAUCAGCAGCUCCAAGCGGAGGAUAUGAAGGAGGUCCUGCAACCUCUGGGGGCAUGGUAG